AUGGAGCAUGGCCUGGCUCGUGAUGUCGAAUCCGUCUCAGGCAAGUGGCGUAAAAUGAGCAAGACCAUCAAUACCUUUAACGGGUAUUAUAACCAAAUUUACACUUGUCCUCCUAGCGGGAGUAACGAAGAGGACAUUCUUAACCUUGCUAUGGCUAAGUGGGACUCUCAAAAUUCAACGCCUUUCCCACACCUCCGAGCAUGGAACGUUUUAAAGAAAGAACCAAAAUGGAAGGCGGUUCCAAAUGAGGUCGCAACCGCCAAACGGACUAAAACUUCCGAGUCCGGAAGUUAUAGUGCGGGAGGCUCCACUGCUCGUUGUCAAAUCGACAUAAACGACGACCCGGAAGAUGACGAGGAUGUGUUGCCCGUUCACGAGUCGGAACGUCCCACCGGAAGGGACAAAGCAAAAAAAGAGGCGGCCGGAUAG